AUGCCGCGGAAGGAAGACGUGAAAACUCUCGCGGGAAAACUGGACAAUGCCGUCAAACUCUUGUACGAAUUAAUGGAAGAAUUCGAAACAAUUUUCUCCGUAAAACGGGAACUAAAAACACUUGAAGCAGCAUUCAGUUUAGUAGAAACCAAGUACAGGCUGGUCAAGAAACAGCAGGAAACAAUUCUGGAUAGACUGGUUGACGAAGGCACUGGCCCAGAAGACGAACUCGUGUUAGCAACAAAGAAAACUGGGGACAAAACCAAAGCUGAUUUCCUUCAAAUCACUUUAAAGUUUGCUGCAUAUCAAAAGGAACAAAACUCCUCAGAAAAUUCUAACAAUGCGACAACUCUGGAAGCGCUAACAUUAUCAAUGUCGUCCAUGACGUCGGCGGUGCAGAAAAUGGCCGAUAACAUCGGAUCAAAACCGUCAAACUCCGAUUACCUGUACCAGUAUGGGACGGAACUCGCAGAACCUAUGCCAGGUGGAAAAAGGAGUUCAGCCAUUGGAUGA